CUCAAGAUGGCGGGCACCGUAAGGAUUCUCUGUAGUGCAGCUGGGGCUCACUGGAAUGUGUGCUUCACAGGUGCCAAGCACUCGUGUCGCUGUUUCUCCCAGAGCAUCGUCUCACACGCGGGGAGCAAGUGGAGGCUGGAACACGGCUUGGCUCGCUCGGGAUCGGAAUACGGCCCCUUAACCGACCUCCCAGACUGGUCUUUCGCUGACGGUCGCCCUGCGCCCCUUAUGAAAGGACAGCUGCGGAGGCAAAAGGAGAGGGAAGAGUUUGCGAGACGGGUUGUAGUGCUCAGCACAGAGAUGGAAGCGGGAAUGCAGAAGUGGAGGGUGAAGAAAGAGGAGGAGCAGAUUAUGAGGGAAAAGAAGAAAUCUCAGCUUCUGAAACCAAAGGGAAAGCUACUUCUAAAGACCAAGAAAUAAAGAAUUUGUUGUAAGAAAAUAA